AUGGCUCCCGUCUUGGACUCGCUUGCAGUUUCAGUCUGGACACGAGGUUGGGCGAACAGAGGGCUAGGGGGCCAAGACCGCCCCCUACCGUUUCCCAAGCGCGAUCUGAUGCUAAGCUUGAUCGGCAAGUUGUCGCGGAAGGUCGUCGCGACGACGCCGCCGUGGUGCCGGAUCAUCAGUCUGUACACCGCUCACAUCCCAGGCGCCAAGAAAUGA